GUGACGUGGCCCAUGUUACCACCAAUGAAACUACCGUGACAAAGCAACCUAGUCGUCCUAUCUUGGCUUGACGAUGAGUUGUUCUUCUGCUAGUGUCAUUCAUAUGCGUUCACGUUUCAUACUUAUUAAAGCUUGGUUCGUUGAUACCUAUCUUAGUUGAAGGUACUAACCUACAUAUCCUAGGUAGGUACUUACAUACCUAUAUAGACUCGUAAUAACAAUAGUUCUUGUUUCCCUCAUAUGUAAAUCUCUACGGGAAAUAUGCAUGUAUUGAUACAUAACUGCGGGGCAAUGGCGACUCACCAACUCACCUUUUGUCAGGCAGCAUCUCGACUUCGCGGUCGGUGAUUCAGUGGCGCGUUUCGUCAGCAACGACACAGACCGUGAUUUCUAGAAGUUUAUUUAGAUAGCUUACGUUAUGGCCUCCUUGCAUUACAGCCUUGGAGAUGGUUGAGCUAUCGAGGUCUCAAUUUUCACUUUUCACUUUUCAUUUUUUAAUCUUCUAAAUCAUAUCAAGUUUUCAUUUCCAUCUUCCCGAGUCUUCCGCAUACCUCCAACGGAUUUUAUUUUCAUUUUACAAGAUGAACGAGAUAGAUCCUCUAGUUCUCUCAUAUUCGCAUUUAGCGAAUUUUCCCCGUGAGAAGGAUGCCUUGCACACCCUGAAGAAAGUAGCUUCCUUAGUGAAGCCUCUUAUGAGAGCGAGGGGAUGGAAGAUUGGUCAACUAAUCGAGUUCUACCCAGAAGAACACAACCUCCUGGGCUUAAAUGUAGAUAGCGGGCGAAGGAUUUGUCUUCGACUUCGAUAUGCCAACGAUCGCAACCAAUUUCUCCCCAUCGAGCAAGUGGUUGAUACAAUGCUUCACGAGCUUGCACAUAAUGCCCACGGCCCGCAUAACGCCAGAUUCCAUGCGUUGUGGAACCAGCUACGGGACGAGCACGAGGCGCUCGUAAUGAAAGGAUAUAGCGGCGAAGGGUUUCUGUCGGCGGGUCAUCGACUCGGCGGGAGGAGGAUACCUCCAGAGGAAGCUCGUAGAUUGGCUCGAGUAGCUGCUGAAAAUCGCCGCACCGUCAACGCUGGAUCUGGACAAAAGCUGGGCGGAUUUGGGCCUCGACCGGGGCAGGAUAUCAGAAGAGUAAUUAUCGAUGCGAUCGAACGUCGUAAUAACACGCUUCAAGGCUGCGCGAACGAUAACCAAACACAAGACGAGAUUCGGAGGAUUUCUGACACAGCUACUAGAAAUGGGUUCAGGACGCAGGCUGAAGAGGAUGCGGCAAACGAUACGGCGAUAGCCCAAGCAUUAUGGGAACUUGUAGACGAAGAAGAAAGGGCCCAGAAAGGCGACAACUACAUUUCACCCAGUUCUAGUAGACAAACUUGGACUAAUGGCGGUGCUUCCGAGGCACCAAGAGUUCCUCCUCGCGAAGCUAGUCGCAACGUAGACAGAGGAACAGGGGGGCUUACCUGGACGUGCGAUAUCUGUACCCUCGAGAACCAAGCCAGUUUCUUAUGUUGCGAUGCAUGUGGUACUGAACGAGACGAGAAGAUUACCCAGAGCCUCGCACAAAGAUGGACAAAUCAACAACGGACGGUUAUUGAUCUUACCGAGUCCCCGCCACCAAGAAAUCGGAAUACACAAACACAUCCCUUUAGACCAGGUUCAAGUUCAAGGCCAACCACGAGACCGGCUAUGCCGCCGUACCAAUCUGCGAUUCCCGCAAAACCGGCGAACUGGACAUGUUCAUUCUGUGGACGAGUUAGAGAGCGGCAGUGGUGGUCUUGCGACAUGUGUGGAGAGAUCAAGCGAACAUCGUGAUAGAGCUGUGGUAAAGCAUCUGGUAAGAGAUUAGGACCUUCAUGGAUUUUCUGCUACCAUUUGGCCAUUUGGCUAUUUGGCUUUGAAAGAUAUGUUUGUUUGUUUGCUCUAGGUUAGUUGACCUACAUGUAAGUUAUGUUAGUUAUGAUAAGGGAGAGCUUAGUUUAUGACAUCAUUGGCUUGAUUAAUCUUAUUUGUGUUUUCACAUGUUGCACAGCCUCGAUCGAAUGGAGUUAGUUAAUUAAUCUGUUGCCUUCACGAAGUUUAGAAUAUUCAUCUUCAUCUAAUAAACUCAAUUUAGUUAGUCGACCGGAUAUAGAAGUGGAAAUGGAAGUGGAGAAGAAUCUUAUACGCUUGCGGUAAUUGAUUAUAAUAG